AUUUCUCAAUUAAUUAAUUAACAGAGUCUCUCUUUUCGUCUCCCUCGAGGCAUUCCACUUCGAUCUUCAGUCGCGCCACAGUCACAGUCACAGCCAGUUCCCGCCCAUUCCCUCUCUCUCCCUCCCCUCCAUUUUCGCCUCUUCAUCUCUCCACCAAUCCCGAGGGUUUCUCCUCCGCCUCCAAACUUCUUCCGGACGCGGCGGCAGCAGCUACUUUGUCGGUGCAGCAUGGAGGCGGAUCACAUUGCUCGGCUGCUGAGCGACACUCUCAGCUUCGACGCCGACGUCGUCCGCGCUGCAACCGAAUCUCUGGACCGCUUGUCUCCUCUCCCGAGCUUCCCCUACCACCUCCUCUCCAUCGCCACCGGAAAUGGAGAGCGAGGCCAGAAGGUAGCUGCUGCUACAUACCUUAAGAAUUUCACUCGGAGAAACCUAGAUGGUGAGAAUCCACAGUCAAAUGUGAGUAAGGAGUUCAAGGACCAGCUUCUACGGGCUUUGCUUCAAGUGGAACCGGAAAUUUUGAAGGUUUUGAUAGAAGUGUUCAGGAUAACUGCUAAUUCAGAGUAUGUUAAGCGAGAUUCGUGGCCUGAACUCAUACCUGAACUGCGUCUGGCUAUUCAAAACAGUGAUCAAAUUAGUAACCGUACAGAUUGUGGGUGGAAAACUGUAAACGCCGUCACAGUUCUCCAAGCUCUUAUCAGGCCUUUCCAGUACUUCUUAAAUCCCAAAGUUGCUGUGGAGCCAGUGCCGCCUCAGCUGGAGUUGAUUGCAGAUGAAAUAAUUGUGCCAUUGCUCUCCGUUUUCCAUAAUAUUCUGGACAAGGUCAAAGCUGCUCGUGGUACAAAAGGGGUAGAUUUGGAGAAAAUCCUCCUCCUUGUAUGCAAAUGCAUAUAUUUUGCUGUGAGAUCGCAUAUGCCGUCUUGUUUGGCUCCUCACGUGGCUUCGUUUUGUCAUGAUUUAUUCGGGAUCCUGGACUCUUUAUCUUUUGAUACUGUGGUGUCAUUCGGGGAUGAGCACUCGCUGAGGUUGAAAACUGCAAAGAGGUGUUUACUGAUUUUCUGUGCCUUGAUAACCCGGCAUCGAAAACACUCUGACAAGUUGAUGGCAGACAUGAUCAAUUGUGCUUUGAAAAUUGUUAAGCACAGCUCAAUCGUCAGUAGACUCGAUUUCCAGUCAGAAAGGAUAAUAUCACUUGCCUUCGAUGUCAUUUCACAUGUUCUAGAAACUGGUCCAGGCUGGAGAUUAGUUUCCCCUCACUUCUCAUCUUUGUUGGACUCUGCAAUUUUCCCAACAUUGGUAAUGAAUGAAAAGGAUAUCUCGGAGUGGGAAGAAGAUGCAGAUGAGUACAUUAGGAAGAAUCUUCCAUCUGAUCUGGAGGAAAUUUCUGGAUGGAGGGAUGAUUUAUUCUCAGCGAGGAAAAGUGCAACAAACUUACUUGGUGUUAUAUCAAUGUCAAAGGGUCCUCCAGGUGGAAAUUCAAGUAGUGCUUCUUCUUCUUUGUUGAAACGUAAAAAGGGUGAAAAGAGCAAGAGAACUAACCAGCGCUCUUCCAUGGGGGAGCUUUUGGUGCUUCCAUUUUUGUCCAAGUUCCCCCUUCCCACUGCUGCUAAUGCAUCGCAGUUGCAAGUUUUGAAUAAUUAUUUUGGUGUUCUAAUGGCAUAUGGUGGCCUGUCAGAUUUUCUUAGGGAGCAGAAUCCCGGAUUCACGCCAACUCUGCUUCGAAGUAGGCUGCUGCCGCUGUAUACAAUACCGGAGCAGGUACCUUAUUUGAUUGCCUCUGCAAACUGGGUGCUUGGAGAACUUGCAUCCUGUCUACCUGAUGAGAUGAGCUCAGAUAUAUAUUCCUCAUUACUGAAGGCAUUGGCUAUGGUAGACACGGCAGAUACUACUUGUUAUCCUGUUAGAGUUUCUGCUGCUGGGGCAAUUUCUCAACUACUUGAAAAUGAUUACCAGCCAUCUGAAUGGAUGCCACUGCUCAACAUAGUAAUUGGUAGAAUUGGAUAUGAGGAUGAGGAAAGCUGUAUCUUGUUUAAACUUCUUAGUUCUGUGGUAGAAUCUGGGAAUGAGAAUGUCACCGUUCAUAUCCCUGAUAUAAUUUCAUCACUGGUUGGAGCAAUAGUGAAGUAUUUACCUCCUAACAUGGAGCCAUGGCCUCAAGUGGUUGAACAAGGUUUUGAAGCUUUGGCCGUGAUCGUUCAUUCUUGGGAGAGUUGUGUGGUCGAAGAAAGUGGUGAGGGUGAAUCCAAUGAGAAGUGGGCAUCUGGUCAAGCUACCAUUGGUAGAGCUUUCUCUGCUCUCUUGCAAGAGGCUUGGCUUAAACCAAAGCAAACUUCGGGUCAGGAGAUCCAGAUUUCUGCGCCUCCAUCAUGCAUAGAUGAUUCAUCAACACUGCUAAAGUCUAUCAUGCUUUCUGUGACUGGAACCAACAUAAUUACGGAAUUUAAAGUGUCAGAAUUGUUGUCAGUAUGGGCUGAUCUGAUAGCAGAUUGGCAUGCUUGGGAGGAAUCAGAGGACUUAUCAGUCUUCGACUGCAUCAAAGAGGCUGUCAGUCUAUAUACCAAGUAUGGGCUGCCUGAUUUCUUAACUAAACGGACACCGCCCCCUCCUGCGCCACCAGUCCCAAGAGGAUCCAUCAUUGAGGGCAUUGGUGCUUUUAUCACUGAGGCCAUUGCUCAGUAUCCAUCUGCUACCUGGAGAGCAAGCUCGUGUGUGCAUCUGCUACUUCACUUGCCAAGUUAUGCAUCUGAAUUAGAUGUGAAGCAGUCGCUAGCAAUAUCUUUCAGCCAAGCAGCAUUUUCUCAUUUCAGGGAGAUCCGAACCAGACCUUCUGCAAUGUGGAGGCCUUUAUUGCUUGUCAUAUCAUCAUGCUAUUUGUAUUACCCUGACGUAGUGGAACGGAUUUUGAAUAAGAUUGAAGAUGGAGGAUUUGCUGUGUGGGCAUCUGCAUUGUCUUCUCUUGCAUCUAGCUCUUUUGAGCCUAAACUAUCGCGAGCAUCGGAGUUGAAGUUACUUGUAAUGGCUUUGGGGAAGGUCGUUGAGAGGUUUCUGGAACAGGGGGAACCAGGGAAUGGAUUGGUAAAUGACUGUUCCAAUUCUCUGCUAGAGGCAACUGUUCAGUUGAAGGAAGUGCAGGAAGGAAUGGAAGAUGAGGAAGACGAGGAUGUGGACGAAGAAGAAGAUGAUAAUUACAGUGAGGAUGAGGAUUCUGAUGACGAAGAUGAUGAGGACUCUGAGAUCGACGAGCUUGAAGAAACCCAAGAAGAAUUCCUUGAUAGAUAUGCCAGAGCUGCUGUCGAUCUUGAAAAUGGCUUAGUUGUCGAAGAGGGAGAUGUGGAAGAUCAAGAAUAUGAGCCUGAAUUAGGUUGUUUGGAGGAGGUGGAUAUUCAAAGAGCAGUCUUUUCAUUGAUAGCGAGGCAUCGCGAUGUUCUUAUAAAGGGUCAGGUAUUGCAAUCUCAGAUCAUUUCAAACUUCCUAAAUGCCUUUCCUGAGCAGAGUAAAAUGUUUAUUUAUUCUGCAUGAAACAAAUCCUGUGGUUAUUAUUUGUCUCGUGUUAUUUAUGCCUUUGAUGGAAAUACACAUACUUAGUUGCUAGAGGACCGUGCGGGUGUUUAUACAAUUUGAUUGGUGGAAAUGGGUAUUGGUGUCUGAUUCAUUUCAUGAACCGAUUUCUCUGUUUUGUGAAACAUAUUUGCAAUGGUUGGUUAGUUUGUAAUGACUAAAUGCAUGUUACUUUGACCUUUUGAGUUCCC